GCAGCAACAUGAGUUUCCUGACCGGUGAAACGGAGGUGACUUUGAACAGCAGAUCAGGUGGGGAUUUAAACUUGUCAUCGCCCUAUCUGAAUAAAACCUCAUUUAUUGCAGUUGCUCUCUCAGUUCCCCUGGUAAAUAUUUGACAGCGAUUUCUAGAGUGGGAAUAGCAUUCUUCAUCCUCAAAGGCUUUUACAUUAGUGAGGCCUCGUAUGUGUUUAACUGGAAAUUAGAGGAAGAAGACCCACAUAUCCAAGGCAGUCAAGUUUGUGUGGACGGCUGCACAAGCUCAACACAAUCUCCUGACCCACAAGCUGCAUCUUAUGUACCAAGUUAAAUACAAAGACGGCCAAAUGGAAGAGAAGCCAUUUAAGUGUGAAGUGUGUGACCACGCAUUCACACAGUCAUCAACGCUUGUGAAUCACCAACACAUUCACACAGGGGAGAAACCAUUUACUUGUGAGGUGUGUAACAGGGGUUUUACACAGUCAUCAGCUCUCGUGAAACACCGGCGCAUUCACACAGGUGAGAAACCGUUCACAUGUGAAGUGUGCCACAAAUCAUUCUCAGUGUCCUCAAAUCUCCGCACACAUCAACGCAUUCACACAGGGGAGAGGCCGUUCAAAUGUGAGGUUUGCAAUAAAACCUUUUUGAAGUCUACAAGCCUCCUGAUACACCAGAGGAUUCACACAGGGGAGAAACCAUUCAAAUGUACAGAAUGUGAAAAAUCUUUUACUUGCUCCUCUGAUCUCCUGAUACACCAGAGGAUUCACACGGGGGAGAAGCCCUUCAAGUGUGAGGUAUGCGAGCGAGCCUUCACACAAUCAUCGCUACUCCUCAAGCAUCAACGUAUCCACACUGGGGAGAAGCCAUUCAAGUGUGAGGUGUGUGACCAAGGUUUUUUGAAGUCGGGGAACCUCCGUGUGCACCAACGCAUGCACACUGGAGAGAAACCGUUCAAGUGUGAGGUGUGUAACAGGGGAUUUGCACAGUCAUCAACCUUGGUCAGUCACUGGCGCAUUCACACUGGUGAGAAACCAUUCACAUGUGACGUGUGCAGCAAAUCAUUCUCAAGGUCAUCCAGUUUCCGUGUGCACCAACGCAUUCACACUGGGGAGAAACCAUUUUUAUGUGAUAUGUGCAACAAAUCCUUCUCCAGCUCUUCAAAGCUCCUGUUGCAUCAGAGGAUUCAUAUAAGAAUUGCACUGUACGACAUCAGAGAAUGCAGAGAGGAGAAACACUGCAGCUGGAUACAGACCAUCAUCCAAGGAGCAACUGCAAGACCAGGAGGACUGCACAGUCUCGUAAGAUUUCCCAACAAACAAGGCACAUCUUUCGCAUCUACUGUAAACUCAAGAAGCAAGAUGGAAAAGAAACCAUUCAAAUGUGAAGUGUGUGACAAAUCAUUCUCACGCUCAUCCCACUUCAGCCUUCACCAACGCAGUCACACAGGGGAGAAGCCGUUCAUGUGUGCGGUGUGUGACAAACCAUUCUCACAUUUUUCAAACCUCCGUGCACACCAACGCAUCCACACAGGGGAGAAACCGUUCUCAUGUGAGGUGUGUGACAAAUCAUUUUCACAGUCAUCGAUACUGCGCGCUCACCAGCGCAUUCACACAGGGGAGAAACUGUACACCUGUGAAGUGUGUGACAAAUCCUUCACACAGUCAUCAAACCUCCUGGUCCAUCAGGCAGUUCACACAGGGCAGAAACACUUCAAGUGUGAUGUUUGCAAAAAGGCUUUCGCAACGUCUACAAGGCUUCUCACACACCAGAGGAUUCACACAGAGGACAAACCCUUCAAAUGUGAGAUUUGUGAGAUAUCUUUUGUCCAAUUGUCAGAUCUCCUGACACACCAGAGGAUACAUACAGGGGAGAAGCCCUUCAAGUGUGAGAUUUGUGACCGAGCCUUCACGCAGUCAUCAACACUUAUACAGCACCGACGCAUUCACACUGGGGAGAAACCAUUCAAAUGUGAGGUUUGUGACAAGUCUUUCUCACGUUCAUCUCACUUUCACACACACAAACGCACUCACACUGGAGAGAAACCAUUCAGAUGUACAGAGUGUGACAAGUCAUUUUCACGAUCCUCUAUUCUCCGUGAACACCUUCGCCUUCACACAGGAGAGAAAGCUUUCACAUGUGAAGUGUGUAAUAAAGGCUUUGCACAGUUAUCAGGCCUGUUAAAUCACCGGCACAUUCACACGGGAAAAGCCUUUCAAAUGUGAGGUGUGUGACUGAGCCUGCACACAGACAUCAAUACUCAUGAAACACUGACAUACUUUGGAGAAGCUGUUCCGGCGGGAGCUGUGUGAGAAAGCCUUCACCAACUUGUUAAAGCCUCAAUCCAUCAGAGGAUCCACAAAGGGGGCCAAUGAUUUAAGGAAGACAUUUAUGAUAACAUUCUCCUGAAUUCUCGGACCCGCUCGGAACACUGGCAGAUUCAGAGAAUCCUUCCACAUGUGAGGUGAGCAACAAGACUUUCACGUGGCUCACGUAUCUCCCCGUCCAUGAAUUCAUGACUACAAGGAACCGUGUCAGUAAAACCUUUGAACAGUUAUCGGACCCCCUGGAAGAUCAGUGAACGCAAACAGAGUCAAAUCCUUCCAGUGUGACAUGCAAAUCUUGUUUUACCUGCUCCUCCUCCUCCUCUCUCAUCAGACGCUGUCAUUACCACGUGGAUGUGAAGCCGGGUCACUUGCUUCUGUUGCAUUGAGAGUUGACUGUUGUUUGCCCACCAGUGCUCACACAGGGGAGCUGUUAUUCCAAAGUACUUUUGAUCUCAGCAGCAUCUGUAUCGAACUUCUUCCUCCAUGCAGCUAAUUAUUUCGAGAAGGUCAAUUGAACCUUUGACUAGAUCAUGAAAUGUCACAAAAAGGAGACAAUAUGUGUAGAAACUCCUGCAUAAACUCUGCUUCCUUUCAGUGUAGUGACAGGUAUAAGUCAGUCACUGACUCUCGCUCUGACCAAGAAGACAGUCAAACACUCAGUGGUUAGAAAGGCUUCAGCUUAUGACCAAGCACACAAGGGAGGAGCCAUUCCUGGGGUAAUAAAGGAGGUCCCUUAAAUAGCCUCAGUGUCGCUGAUCUGUGGAGGGGGAGAAUCAGCCAGGAAUCCCAUUUCUCAUCAAUGACCCCAGUUGAGAAGUCAGGGGAGGGUGAGAUGUGGCUUGGCUGUAACAGUCUCCAUUGUUUAAAAACAUUCACUGUCUAGCUCUCCACAUGCUGAAUGGUUGCUUGCAUAGACGACUAAGGGCCAGUCAGUGUCCGCAAUCUGUCCUCCGGGUCAGUUCCUUGAGGAUUGGAGGGAACGUGAGAGGACAUUAGAUUGCAUUUACAGAGCGCCUUAAUAUAGUGAAACAUUCUAAGGUGUUUCAUAGAAAUAUGGAGGUCUUGUUAAAACUGUACAAGGCUCUAGUCAGAUCUCAGCAGGAAUACCACGAACAGUUUUGGUGACUUUACUAAGGAAAGAAAUUACCAGCAUUGGAUGCAGUCCAGAGAAGGUUCAGUAAUUUGAUUCCAGGUAUGGAUGGAUUUUCGUAUGAGAAGUUGAGUCAGUUGGGCUUGUAUCGUUGGUGUUUAGAACAGUGAGUGGAGACCUAUUCAACAUACAAGAUUCUGAGUAACUUGACAGGGUAGAUGUGGAAAAGUUGUUUCCCCAUGUGGGAGUGUCUAGAUCGAGAAUGUAUAAUCCUAGAGUGAAGAGUCACCCAUUUAAAACAGUAAUAAAAUAUUUCUCUCAGAGGAUAGUGAAUCUGUCAUAAAAUCCCCACUGUGUACGGUAGGACAUUCAGUUCUUUGACUCCACACAGACCAUCUGAACCAUCUUACCAGACCCUAAUCCUGCAUUCCCUUUGCUCAGGCACCUGACCUACACAUCCCUGGACAAUUUAGCAUGGCCAAUCCAUCUAACUGGCACAUCUUUGGACUGUGAAUAGAAACCGGAGCACCUGGCAGAAGCUUACGCAGGGACAGGGAGAAUGUGCAAACUCUGCACACACAGUCGCCCAAGGGUGGAAUCAAACCUGGGGCCCUGGUGCUGUGAGGCAAUAGUGCUGACCACUGAGCCACCAUGCCACCUAGAAUCCGUGAAUGCUUUUCUGUGCAGGUCUGCUGAGAAUGAGUUGUUGGGAAAGACAGAUUUUUAUUAGCAAGAGAAACAAACAUAUGGAGAAGAGACAGCAAAAGUGGACUUGAGGAUUAUAAGAUCAGCCACAAUCCCAUUGAAUGGCAGAGUAGACUUGAUGGGCCAAAUGGGCUACUUCUGUUCCUACACCUUCUGGUCUUACAAUUAAAAGUUUGCUCAAAGAAGUGGAAAUGAGGGUAGUAUGAAAUAAAAAGAGAAAGAUAAACAUCAGAGAGGUUUGAGGAGGGGAUGUUAGAGGUGGGUGAUGGUGUUUUCUCUGGUCAACUCUGGUUUUCUCUGUCAACUAGAUGAAUCAUUUUAAGCAUCAUAAUUAUUCUAUAAGUUUCCAUGUUCAGGCAAAUUCAAGCUUAGCCUGUGUAUCCUGUUAUCUAAAUAGAACCAGUUUAAGACCCAGGAACAUUCUUGUGAAUCUAUAGUGCACUCCCUCCAAGGCAUUCCUGAAACGUACUAAUGAGAAUUGAACUCAGUUCUCCAAGUCGGGUCUAAACAGAGCUCUGUGCAGCUGGAACAGUUAUUCCACAAGGACACAAUUGGUUUUGGAGAGAAGGUGUCUGUUCUCUUCUGGAAUUGAGAAACAGGGAUAUCAAGCAGGAAGGAAGAGAGGAAUAUAAUUUUGGGAACAAGGCUGUAGGAAUUGGAUAUGAGAGAUCUGGUUUACCAGAUUGAUGGUGACAGAAACAUUCUGGUGAAUGGAGAGAUGUAUGUGUGUGUACAAACAGGUGUUUGACUAUUACCAUGGAGAAUGCAUGUACUGUGCAAUCCAGGACGUCGAUUAUUCUGUGUAUGGUGAGAGAAUGGGGGUGAAUCUCUCCAGACCUAAAUUCCCUCUGGUCAUCAUACGUCAGUGUAAUAAUGGUGUGAUAUAUUCAAUUUCCACACUUUCAAGAUACAUUUUAUGUUUGAGGAAAAAUCUUAGUUAUUUUCAAACCUUUUGUUAUUUUAAUUGAUUCAAGG